AUGAGGGUCAACUUCUCCACGGUUGUUACACUUCUUACGAGCGCUACGCCGGCCGUUCACGCUCACUACUUCUUCGACGUCCUCGUUAUCGACGGUGUUGAGAGUAAACCUAUUGAGUAUGUUCGCGAGAACACUAGGGCGAUCAAGUACAUGCCCACGAAAUUCAUCAACACCUUUGACAACUUGACUCCCUUGUCGACCGAUUUUCGAUGCAACCUUGGUGCUGGGUCCGGCAGUGCCACUGAUGUAGCCAAAGUUGCUCCCGGCACACCGCUUGCCUUCAAGCUUGCCGUCGGCGCAACCAUGCAGCACCCAGGACCGGCGUUUGUCUACAUGUCAAAGGCUCCGGGUGAUGUCAAGGAAUAUGCCGGCGAUGGGGACUGGUUCAAGAUCCAUCAAGAGGGCAUAUGCAACGACGGACCAGUUACAACUACUGCAUGGUGCACAUGGGACAAGGACCGUAUCAGCUUCCAAAUUCCCGCGGGCACACCUGCUGGUCAAUACCUGGUCCGAGUUGAACAUGUUGGUCUCCACGGCGCCCAUGCCGGCGAGGCGGAAUUCUUCUAUGCCUGUGGCCAGAUUGAGGUUACUGGAAAUGGUGCUGGAGUUCCAGGUCCAACGGUAAAAUUCCCUGGAGCGUACCAGCCUAAAGAUGCCCCUUGGAACUUUGGGGUAUAUGGCACUGACAGGGACUUCCCCUUCCCUGAGCCUGCUGUUUGGACUGGUGGCGACUCCGGCUCUGGAAGUAAUGCUACACAGCCAACACCUGCCACCACAGCUCCGAUUUCUAGCAAGAGUCCCGUCACCAGUGCGACUUCGGUCACUGAAGCUUCAUUCUCCAGCCAAACUCCGGUCUCCAGCCAGACUCCGAUCGUCGGGGGGAACAAUGCUGGGAAGCCUUCAAAAUGCAGUGCUAAGAAGCACCGUAAGAGAGCACAUGUUCACUAA